AGAAUCUGCCUUUCUGAGCCGCCUAGCGCCCUCUGGAGGAAUUUUGUUUUAGAAACCGCUAGCAAGCAACAUUUGCUGCUCGAAACGAAAACUAGUCUUUCACAACACCUAAAAGAGGAAAACAGUCUUUUCAGUGUUUAAAAGCGUCAGCGUUUUCAUUUAACAUCUGAGCCAUAUGACCACACGUGUAUAUGUCAUGUGAAAGCUGCCCAUAUGAUAGGCAGAGAGCGUUUUUCUCUCAGCGGAGUUCAUACGGUCAGUAUAACAGUACACGCGCACAAAUGCACUUUAAAUCCUAAUUUUAGUGCACAUCCGUAGACUGCAAUAUACUUGAUGGAAUAAUGCAUUCAGACUGUAUUUUUGAGAGCUUGAUUGUUUAUACGAAGUCAAACAAUGGCAAACAAGUACUCUAAAAGACGCACGAAACAAAAUGCACAGGGAAAUGAAACCGAGCAAGCAUCAUUUGCCCUGACUGUAGAGAAGCCUGAAAGACAAUGCAAUGUGGAGGUGAUCUCUAGUUCAGCAUGGCAGGGCUUCAGGAGGAAAGUGUGUCUGCUGGUGCCAUUCAUGUGGCCCAGGGGAAGUGUGCGGCUGCAGGGUCUGGUGAUUCUGUGUGUUGGGCUGCUGGGUCUUGAGCGCGUCAUCAAUGUGUUUGUACCCAUUUACAGCAGGAAUAUCGUGAACCAGCUGUCAGCAAUGGAGAGCUGGAGACCCCUGGCCAUCACGGUCUGUGUUUACGUCCUCCUUAAGUUCUUGCAGGGCGGAGGGGUAGGGACGUCAGGGUUUGUCAGUAACUUACGCAGCUUCCUGUGGACUCGUGUCCAGCAGUACACCAGCCGUGUGGUGCAGGUCCGUCUUUUCGGUCACCUGCAUGGCCUCUCUCUGCGCUGGCACCUGGGCCGCCGCACCGGAGAUGUCCUGCGCAGCAUUGACCGUGGGACCUCCUCAGUAAACAACUUGUUAAGCUAUAUUGUGUUCAGCAUUGUACCCACUAUUGCUGACAUCGUCAUUGCCAUCAUCUAUUUUGUGACGUACUUCAGUGCCUGGUUUGGCCUCAUUGUCUUCAUUUGCAUGUUCCUCUAUCUCACUCUCACCAUCAUUAUCACUGAAUGGAGAACCAAGUACAGGCGGGAAAUGAACACACAGGACAACAAUGCCAAGUCAAAAGCAGUGGACUCACUUCUCAACUUUGAAACUGUGAAGUACUAUAAUUCAGAGGGUUUCGAAGUCAGGCGCUUUGAGGAUGCUAUCCUGAAAUAUCAGGCAUGUGAAUGGAAGACCAAUGCUUCCCUGGCCCUCCUGAAUCAAACCCAGAACCUGAUUAUUGGAUUGGGGCUGUUGGCCGGAUCGCUGCUUUGUGCAUACUAUGUUACAGUGGAUAAGUUUCAAGUUGGUGACUAUGUCCUCUUUGGAACCUACAUUAUCCAGCUCUACACUCCACUCAACUGGUUUGGUACAUAUUAUAGAAUGAUCCAAAGUGCAUUUGUUGAUAUGGAGAGCAUGUUUGAUCUACUAACAGAGGAAAAAGAGGUAAAGGAUGAUGUGAAUGCCGGAGACCUGUCGUUCACAGAAGGAAGGGUUGAUUUCCAAAACGUGUGCUUUAGUUACACUGCUGGAAAAGAGAUUCUUAGUGAAGUCUCAUUCACAGUGAUGCCUGGCCAAACAGUUGCACUGGUUGGUCCGUCCGGAUCAGGAAAAAGCACCAUCAUCCGCUUGCUUUUCCGUUUUUAUGACGUGCAAGGAGGCUGCAUCCUCGUCGAUGGUCAGGACAUCUCAAAGGUGAGACAGAACUCCCUCCGAUCCUACAUUGGUGUAGUUCCUCAGGACACUGUCCUUUUCAAUGACAACAUCCGUGAAAACAUUCGCUAUGGACGCAUCUCUGCAAGUGACCAGGAAGUAGAAGAGGCUGCGAUGGCUGCUGAUAUCCACAAUAAGAUAUUAUCCUUUCCGGACGGAUAUGAUACUGAAGUGGGUGAAAGGGGUCUGAAGUUGAGUGGGGGAGAGAAACAGAGAGUGGCCAUCGCUCGUACAAUCCUAAAAUCCCCUCGCAUCAUUUUGCUCGAUGAAGCCACAUCUGCUUUAGAUAGUCAGACGGAGCGUAACAUUCAGACUUCUCUUGCUAAGGUGUGUGCCAACCACACCACUCUCGUCGUGGCACACAGGUUAUCCACCAUCAUCAGCUCCGAUCAGAUCCUCGUUCUUCAUGACGGGCGGAUUGCAGAACGAGGAAGGCAUGAGGAGCUGCUGGCCAUGGGGGGACUGUACGCAGCUAUGUGGUUAAAACAGCAGCAAACCCCAGAGUCAGAGGUCUCCACAGAAGAACAACCGCAGGAGCCUGUAGCAGAGCGGCUGAAGCUGAUAGAGCAGCGAUGAUGAAUGAUGAUGGUGAAAUCGAUCAGGAAAAUGGUAAAAAAGCCCACCAAGCUCUAAAUUUCAUCUCAGACACAGGGGCACCAGACUCCACAGAAGUUAUGAACUACAAAGAGUGUUUCUCAGGGAACAAUUACACAGGUCUGCUUAAAGAUCAACCAAUCAUUGAGUACCUCUUAAUAUGUUUUAAACGGUUAGUUCACCCAAAAAUAAAUGUCUGUCGUCAUUUGCUCACUCUCAUUCACUGUCGUUCCAAAUUCUAAGAUUUUAUUUCUUCUGAGGAAAAUUAAAAGACGAUAUUUUGAAGAAUGUUGGUAACCAUUUUGGUCCUUAUUGACUUUCAUUGUAUGGGGAAAAAAAACACUGAGACAUUUCUCAAAAUAUCUCCUUUUAUUUCUCACAGAAGAGAGUCAUAGAGGUAAAUGAUAACAGAAUUUUUAUUUUUUUGGUGAAUUAUUCCUUUAAUGUUUAGGAAACAACAGUAGUAUACAAAUACUGUCAUGUGGUGACUAUAUGCAGUCAUUUUUGUUACGUUGUGUUUUUAUAUUAUAACUUCCUUUGUUUACACUCAUAUUUAUCGCUGUAGAAUGUGAGGAAUGGAAGUAUCUCUAUCCUUGAUCUACAGAUGGUAAUUGUGGGUAAUAUGCUCAGGGUCAUGUUUCUUUCAUUAUAAUGCUGGCACAAGAAUUUUUGGUCUUACUUUAUAUUUCAUCGUUCAUGUUACUCUGUAUUUACUCAGUUCAUACUGAGUACAUCUAAUGAAAUGCAUGUACAGUAUUUCCCUGCAUUCAGUUUACUUUGUUUGAUUUCAGUAACAUGUAGUGUGUCUAGCAUGUACACUGUAAAAUAAAGUCUUCCCAAUUA